AUGACGUUUUGUGAUGAACAGCGAAUAGCGUCGUGAGAAAGGGCAAAAAUGCUUUCGGAAGCAUAUGCUGGAAUAGCUAUUAGAACAUGUGAUCUGUCCAGCAAGGCCUGUGCCAAGGCUAUAGGCCUGUGCACAAGUCGCGGCAUUGUUGUUGUGUGCGUCUUAUACACUAUAAGGCACUGAGUGAUUGCUGUUCAUCAAAACUUCUUCAGACAUCAGUCAGCCAAUAGGUAUCCAGGUUCAAACAUGGCUUUGAGAUUCCUGAUUAAAACGAUAACGCCGGUUGAGAGGAUGACUGCUUCGCUCGGCUUCAGGUCCUGCGCGGGCGUCAAGACUGCUCCGCCUGGAACCAGCGGCGCUCUCCCUGAGCGCCCCAAAAAGCCCGCCUCGGGCUAUGUGCAGUUUGUUACCGACACCAUACCACGGCUACGGCAACAGAUGCCGGACGCCAAGAGCUCGGAGAUGAUGACCAAGGCCUCGGCAUUGUGGAGGGACCUGGACACGGCGACCAAAAAACGCUACAAUGACGCCUACUCGGCAAACAAGGAGAAAUGGCUGGCGGACAUGGCGCGAUUCGAGGCAUCUCUCAGUGCGCAGACGCGCGAUCAGCUGAUGAUGGCCGAGCGAAAAGCGCGCGAUGAGCGACGAGAGAGCCGGGAGAGGCGGCAAAGGAAACGGCAGAUGAAUGAACGACAGAAACCGAGGAAACCGGCGAAUGCGUUCAUGUUGUACAUUCAGGACCGGCAGGCGACGAGGGGGGACAGGAGCCAGAAGGACUUUAUCGUUGAUAUGGCCAAGGAGUGGGCUAACAAACCCGAGUCCGAGCGAGCAUCUUACGUCAAACGGUAUACCGAGGCCAAGGAGCAGUACCAGAAGGCCCUGGUGGCCUGGGAGGGACAGAUGAUCAAGGAGGGCCGAGCAGACCUCGUGAGGACCGGCUCUCAGCCCGUCAUCGACACCGACGAAGUCCCCAAGUCUCGUCGAUAGGACGCAACCGGCGGAGACAGCGGCAGACAGACAGACAGCAGACGCAAACAGGGAGAGCGACCGGGAAUCGAACCCGAAUCGGCACAGGGAAAUUCACGCAGUGUUGUAUCAAAGAGCCGUGAGAAAGACUUAGGUGAUGCUGGAGCUAGGAAAGGGAUUAACGCAAAGACGCGUGCAGUGAAAAGUGGCAAAACGAAUAUUGCAAGUGGUUUAAAGAACAGCGAAAUCACUGAUGAGACAUUGCCGAGUGUCACGAAAAGCGAGAAAUUGGCUGGAAAGGGGAAGAAGAAAAAGAAAGGUAAAGCUCAAGCAGGACGCGUAAGUGAAAUGGACUCUACGGGUGUCAUGCAUUCCGGCGGCAAAGUCGGAUCGAAAGCGAAAACUGCGGUUGGCUCGGGAAUCGAACCCGCGGCUGUGGAGGAGAUUGAAGUCAAAGAAAAGUCUGUCGAUAAGGACAGUACGAGCGGUGAAAUGAGCUCCCAAAAAGAGAAAAGGGGAUAUGUUGUUGAGCCGACUAAACGAAAAAGAAAGCCAGUACAAACGAAAUUAGGAAAGGGCAAAGCAGCGAAACAUGUGGAUGAAGAACUUGGAAGAGUAAGGGCGAAAAACGCCUCCUCAACAAUCAGCAAAGCUAUGAAGAAAACCGGCAAAGAGCCGUUGAAAUUAGCUGAAAUAGGGGAAAGCAAUGAAAGGAAACCCCGGAAGACAAAAAACAAAACUGCGAAAAACGUUGAAAACAAAUCGACGCGAACUGUGGAAGAGCCAGUAAAGAACGACCAGCAAACUGCCAGCAGUAAAGUCGCCACUGAAUUUAAGCCUUGUGUAGCUGAAUCCAAAGGUCAGCUGAAUCCUGAACCCUCGUCAAAGUCGUCAUCGCUUAUGGUGACUCACGCUGAUGACUUCGACCGGUCUUCGGAGGACACGAGGAAGAAAGAAACUAAGGAGAAACUGGCGCGAUGCGGGAAAGAAGUGAUUAAGAGCGUGGAAAGAGACGAAGUGAGAGAAAUGGGUGGUGAGAUUUACGGAGGGUGCCGUGAGGAAAUUGAUGGACAGAUUAACUCUGAGGAAUUGACGAGAUUGGAGACUGUGUCGGAUGAGGAGACGGGUGAUUUAGUGUCGCUCGAAGAGCUGUUUGAGGCUAUGGCCAACGUCACUUGUAUUCGUGACGUCAUUGGAUGUAACGGGACCUUUCAAUGCGUUUUCCCGGCUGAGAGACCAGACUGAGUAAGGCUGUGGUGUACGAACGUGCGAUUUGAAACGAUGUGAUGUGAUGCACCUUUUUCGUAAACUGGCGUCCCGAUUUGUACGAAUCGUGUUUUUGUAUACGUUUACCACACUGAUGGGCUGUGUGCUCUUUGGCUUCACACAAGCCGUCGUGGAUUUUUGUGUUUCUGGUCUACAUAUAGUUGCGUCGGAUGCCUCUCUAUGAAAAGCGUGUCUCUCGCCAUUUACACUGUCCUACGUAUGUUGAUUUCAACAUAAGUUCUGUCCGCCACUGCCUCCGCCACCGCUUUGUAAACGCGUGUUGUAAACACACGCGUCGUGUUGCUUUUGUAGCCUGUGUUUUUGUGUUGUGUAAACUCUGGUCUGUGUUGUGUUGGAUUAGUUACAAAAAUGUCACGAAAUGGUCGCCUCAUGUCAGACCGUUGCGAUUUUCUCUGUGGCAGCCAGGGAAACGAGUACCUAUUUUCAGAGCUUUUGUGCGAUUUGCAGUGGAUGAGAGCUAGCGCGGUGUACUUUGUAGAGUGCAUGAUCUGGAAGGUCGACCCGUGUGGCGUUGUCGGAGACAAUACAGACACCUUUUCGA